AUGGCCGCAAAAUGGACCCAAAUAGGCGCACAGCGGCUGUGGUUCGAGAAGGGGGCCCUUGUGUGUCUCGCCUCCUCCGUCAGCAUCUCGCAGCUUCCACCAAUCGCGGCGACGAGCGGACCUCCAUCCGCACGCCCUCCCGCCCCGCCUAUAAAUAGAGCGGGUGGCCGACCGGCGCGCGUCGGUCGCCAGAAUCGCUCAGGGUGCAGCAGAAACCCCCCUCCCCCCCCGCUCCCCCAUUACUCCUCCUCCACCUUCUCCUCAUCCAUCGUGUCUUCUCUUCAUUUUUGGUUUUCGAAAGGAAAGGCUGCUGCGUAGACGGCGGGGGGGAGGGAGGGAGGGAGGUAGGGGGGAGCGGGGAGGAUCUACGCGGCGGCCACUUGCAUGUAUUGUCCGUCUCCCAAAAUGGUUUGCGAGACUAAAAUAGUGGCGGACGAACACGACGCUAUACCCGGGAGCAAGAAGGAGCCCAUGAUGUGGAGCACCGCCUCGGCCUCGUCCUCGUCCUCGGCCUCGGGCUCGUCCUCGUCCGGCGAGGCCAAGGACGCCAAGCGCGACGCGGUGUUCAUCCGCGAAUUCGAGCGCGGCGACGAGGAAGAGGUGCGGCGCAUCUUUUCCGAGGGCAUCAUGGAGAGGAUACCCAACACGACGUUUCGCGGGCUCGCCCAGCAACCCCAAAGUCAGCUUUUCUACGCGCUUCUCACAGUUGUGUGCUUUUUGCUGAGCAAAUCCUUGGCGCUGACCUGCUGCGCGCCGCUGGCGCUCAUGGCUGCUCGCUAUUACUACAGCGGCAAAGUCAUCCACAGUUACCUGGACCACGCCUUGCGCACGGACAUGGCGGACAUCGAGGCUUACUACAUGAAGCCCGCAGGCUCGAGUUUCUGGGUAGCAGUGCUGGACGGCCGCGUGGUGGGCAUGGUGGCGGCGCAAGGCCGCGAGGACGACAACACGGUGGAGCUGCGGCGCAUGUCGGUGGAUUCCCGCUACCGCGGCAAAGGCAUCGCCAAGGCCCUGGGCCGGCGCGUUCUGGAGUUCGCCGUGCGCAACGACUACGCGGCGGUGGUUCUGGGCACCACGGCGGUCAAGAUGGCCGCCCACAAGCUGUACGAGUCGCUGGGCUUCCGCCGGACGGGCUGGAGCCACGACUACAGGCUGCCCGGCAUGAGUCGCUCGGCGCCCGAGCGGCUCUUCUUCCAGAUCCGCUACAGCCGCUACCGCCUGCAGCUCCGUGAGGAGUGAGAGCUCGCUCGCCAGGGAGGAGGAGAGAGAGGGACGGACAGAGAGAGGGACGGACAGAGCGACGGAGAGCAAGAGCCGGCCGGAGAGAGCAAGAGUCGGCCGGAGAGAGCAAGAGCUGGCGACCGCCCCCCCCCCCCACCCCUUGACAGCUUUUAUUUAUUUAAUCACUUCCAUUUAUCAUUGCUUAGCAUCUCCACUGAUGUUGUUUUUUUAAUUUUUUUUAUUUGACAUCUCCAUUUGUUAUUUUGUAUUGUUUGACAUCUCCAUUUUUGUUUUGUUGGACAAGCACGCAUGGCGCACGACAACCAACAAAUGCCGCUGGCUGGCUGGCUGGCUUCAAAGUGACCCAAAGCAUUUCUAUAUGAAAUCUACUUGAGCAUCAGCAAGCUACAAAAUUGCCAACCGGCCUUGGCUCUUGUAGCCAAUGGGCCGGGUCCAGAGAAUGAUCCCGACCAUCUCUAACUGCUCCCCAACAAGCGCAGCGGGUCGGGCGGAACAACCAGCUAACGAACGUGCGAUGCAGUCGAGCCUCGUUGCAGCACCUACUCACAAAUUUGGAAGUGUUUCGAAUUGAGUUGAGCGCUUGAUGGAUGGCUGCGUCCCGGGCGGUGACGCGCCGACGAGCAAUACCUACAAAUCAUCCUCACGAGAAAAAGCGCAUUUGCUUCUUCUGAUAGCAAAGCCAGCAAUGUUCACUCAAAAGUCAACUAUGGGGAGAAAAAAAAAACACCCUCCUAAAAUGACCUUGCUGCUUUUCCCGAGUCUGUCUCCAACCCCUGGCCGCACCCCUGAAAAUCUUCCUUGUCCACGCCCUCAGCAAUUUCCGCAUGAGCGACCCAGCCUUGGCGCCGCACGGAAGCUACGACCUUUACCGGCACACCAAAAUUCAGUCCCCAUUUGUGUGUGGAGACAAACGCAAGGCAACACCGGCGCCGCCGCCGCCGCCUCACCUGUCAAAACGCAGAAUGCAAAAGCUACGCCAUGCGGCAUACCCGUUGUGACAACAAAUGAUUCAUAUAUGCCUGCUAUAUAUAAUUAUAUAGAGAGACAUAUCUACAAAGAUGUAUUGUGCAGCUUUUUUUUUUAUGAUGGGGGGGGGGGGAUGGCUAAAAGAUGAUCAAUUGCAUGCAAUGCCUGUCUAAAAUUGCAAAGAGGCUUUUACUCGAUCCGAGCACAGCGGAAGCGUUUUGUAGCGGGAGGGCUGUUGCAUGGCAUGCGGCGCAAACUUGAGCGUCAUGGCUUGCAAAUUGUGGCAAAGGUAGCGGCCCGAGUUGGGCUGCCGGUGUCACGCGCAGGAGAAAUCUUUUGAACAAGCGGCGCCUCCGUACAGCACAAGGUUCAUUUGGGCAUUUGGGAUGGAUGGAUGGAUGGAAGAGAAGGCCGAGCAUGUGGAAGCAAAAGCAACGGGGCUCUUUUGGAAUCGUAACGUGCACUAAUGACGAUUGUGUUUGUGUGUGUGUUUACUACCGCGAGCAAUUCUUCAAGGUAGAAUGUGGAAAAGGUUCUUCUAUAUGCAACUUCUCUCAGAGUGUGUCCUCCUGUACCCCGUUGACAGCCCAGGCAGCGAGCGGCAGGUUCUCACGAGCACAAAUAUACACCAUGUGUGUCUUUUUACUCUGACGAUGUCAAGGGGGCUGAGUGAAUGUAAAGUGCCGACUUGACUUUUUUUUUGGGGGGGGGGGGGGGGUUCCCCCUCCCUCCUGUUCUUGCUUUACUUUUGGGCAGGGGUCUCAAAGUCCAGUCCUUGGGGUUUCCCUCGUCUGAUUCAAUGCUUAGGCUCCUGCAGAACGUGAGGAUGAACUGAUCAUUUCAAUCAGGUGUGUUUAACAAAGGAAACUUGGAAAACAUGUAGGAAUGCAAACCCCCCCACCCCCGAGGACUGGACUUUGAGACCCCUGCUUUUGGGGGAUGGCAAGAAGUGAUCCGUAAGAGGUUGUUUGCUGUUUCACUUUGGGCAAGGCGUCAUCGAAAUGGGUGGCGCCGUGUGCUGGGAGGCGUUUGGCCGUAGUGAGGGAGACCCCCCCCCCCCCCCGGGCCAAGGACUUGGAGCACAAGUUCGACUCCAGGUUUUGAUCUUCUUUUUUUUUCCCCCCUGCGAGUAAUACGGAUAAAGUUUGUAUUCCAGACGGUCAGUCGGUGGGUCGGUCAGUCGGCAUUGGUGCAUGAUGCGCUCCUAGCUCACACUGACAAAUCCAAUGGCGAACCCGACUGGUGCAUUUUGUUUUCCGAAAAAUCCUGCCCAUGUGCCAUCAAAGGGAGCAAUAAAGACAAGUAGGCCAACUCCAAGAUUUCCUCAUGAGAAUGCUGCCAUCAUGUUACUUAUGGCCCCGCUCCCCCCCUCACACUCGAGAGACGAAUGAUUUCCUUUUAUGUCGACAUAUUUGUACAAAUGUCAAAAGCAGGCGGCGGGAUGGACGGAAAGUGCGACUCCCAACUUUGCAGAUUCAAUGUUUUGAAUGACUAAGCUUGUAUGAAACAUUUUGCUGUAAAUAGGGCUCCUUUUUAUUCACUUUGAAACAGAAAAUGGGAUUUGAAAGCUAUCCCGGCCGGGCGCUUGCAGCAGUAACGCUUCAUUUAUGUAACGCGCGCGGCAAAACAUCAAGUGCUCGGAGAAACUGGCCGUGGGUUUAGGGGCAGGGUGGGGCGGGGCGGGGCGGGGCCUCACGUUGUGACAUCACCAGGUGAAGGAAGACCCCAGGGGGUGUUUGGAGAGCAGAAAUGCUCCCAGAUGGGCGAUUGGCGCAAAACACCACUUUGAGCGUGUUUUGCUCCAAGCUCCGACGAGUCCAUUCCGCACGACGGCUCCCUUAAGAACCCCCCCCACGUAUCGCAACAGCGCACAAAUCAAUCAAAUAUACAUAUAAAGGCGAUCAAGCAAAUGGAAGCGGCCCCAGGUCCAAAUUUGAAAGUUGCUUUCUGCAGUCCAUGGAUUGUGAUCUCAGGUCAAAGUUCAAGCCUGGCUGUUCGAAAGCAGUGCGGAGCACCGCCACCACGUGUUUUGAGGCCAAGCGGCUCUACCGUGAUAGAGGACUGCAAGCUGACAAAACGGGGUUGGGAUGUGAAAGCCGCCUUUGGGGGAUGGAUGGAUGGAUGGAUGGAUGGAUGGGGCGACUCUGGGGCUGGCCGCUGCAUUGCCACCGGAAGAACCUGAGGCCCGCCGAUUGGCAGAGGUGACAAAUACAGAGCAUCGAAUACUUAGCAUCAGGGGAUGCGAGUGCUGGCUGACAUAUCAAGCGGUUACAGCAAAAGCUGAUUUUUUUGGUUUUAAUAUCACUUACCUGGCUGUCUGUUUGUCUGUCUGUCAUGCUGUACCAGCGCGCUGAGGAAAAAAAAAACAAUUGCAACUGGUCAAUGUAAAGGUGGGAUUCCCUGCAUUGUGAUCAACGUGGCUGUACAUAAAUUGCAUCAAUAAUAAAAAAAAAAUGCAUUAAGCUUGAA